UCAGCAUGACGCUGAAAGAUGAAAUACUGACCGCCGAUGUCAAACCUGAUUUCGGCGUGUCCUAUAGCAAGGAAGACAUCGUGCUACCAUCGAAACGCCCAAACCACGCAUCUCAGGCGUCCCCAGCCGAACCUGCAACACAGCCCUCCCAGCAGCGUGCACGGGACCCCGAUUGUGUUGCGGCCCAUCGUCCUGAGUCACAGCGACUGGCGACGAGGCCGAUCUAUCACUACCGUCCAUGCAACACGACGUCCUCCGGGCUGCGCUACUCCAACGAUCCCAACGAAUCCGACGACGAUAACCCUAGUGAGGGAUUUAAGAUGUACGAUAUUUUGGUUGUGAACAAAAACUACGAUGCCGAAGGACCGGACUCGAUCUCGGUGCGAGUUGGCGAUCUGGUCGAGGUCCUCGACAUGGGCGAUUCGGCAGUCAAUGCGGCAAAAAAACCUAAGCUCGAUCCGCAGAUGAACAUCGGUCAGACCGAGGAUCGGCUCGACAGCUCGGCCUCGCGGCACAAGCUGGCGGUGAAGCCGAAGAAGAACCACCAGAGCUCGUCCCAUCGGCGUAGCGUCAGUCCACAGCCACCGUAUCAACCGAAACCGAACGAGAAGUGGAAAGUACGAAUCUUUGACGGUGAUGACAAUGCCAAAGCCGGCUGGAUACCGGUGUCGGUGCUGGACGUUAACCAUACCGAGCAGGCCGUAUUCGGCGAAAAGUCCAACGAUGCUGCCUAUCGACGAGAGGCUGUGGUUCGCGAGCUGGUCGAAACGGAGGAAGAGUUUGCCAAGGAUCUUCAGCAGGUCGUUGACAACUACCUCAAGUACAUCGACAACAAGGACAACAAGGUGCCGCGUGUGGUGCGCGAUCAUAAGGAUGAUAUCUUUAACAACUUUAAGCAGAUUGCGGACUUUCACAACACGGUACUGAUCGAGGGUGUGAAGUACUACGCAAACAAUCCGAAGAUGAUCGGCAAAACGUUUCUACGACUCGAGCGUGACUUCGAUAAGCACGUAAAGUACUGCCGGGAUGCACCGGUUGCACAGGAGUUCCUUGCGUCUAAUGAUGCUAUUCGAGACUUCUUUAUGGAGCUAUCGGCAAAAAUCGACGACGAUAAAAGUCUCACCGAGCACCUGAAGCUGCCGAUCCAGCGCAUCAACGACUACAAACUUCUCUUCAAGGAACUGCUCAAGUACUCGACCGCGCUCGGUGAGAAUGUGCUCGACAUCCAGAAGGCGCUCGAGCUGAUGCUCUCGGUACCGAGCCGAGCGGCAAACAACAAAUUUCUCGAGGGUAUCGAAGGAUUCCGAGGCAAUCUCCAGAAGCUUGGCCGUGUGCUUGCCCACGAGUACUUUGGCGUACGGGACCGCGACAACAAGAUCAAGGAGCGUUACCUGUUCCUCUUCAAGUCGCGCAUUCUCAUUACGAAGGUGAAGCGCUUGUCGGACGAUCGAUCGAUCUUCAUCCUCAAGGACAUCGUGCGGCUGCCAGACUGCGAGCUGCGGGAGAUCGAUACGCGUGCGUUCGAACUAGUGCCGAAAGCGAAAGGUACCGACCCGGUCCAUCUGAUCGCGUACUCGGAGGAGGCAAAGCAGCGCUGGAUCUACGAGAUCAACGAGUACGCUAGCAAUGCGGUCGCACUGCAGGAACACUCGAACGAUGAUCUUCGGCUCGAUCCGACGCAGACGAACAUCGACGAAAGCAUCAUCAAGCUGCCGCAGCGCAUCGAGGCGCACAAGACGGACGAAAACAUUAAGCCAUCGGACAUUGCGGACAGCUAUGUGGUGUUUAAGCAUAAAACGAGCCGCGAUGAAUCGCAUCAAGCGCUGCAGAAGAUUCAAUAUCUACAGCAGCAGCAGCAGCAACAUCUGCCACAACAGUUUGCCGAGCAGCAGCAAAUGGCGACGAUGGAGAUCGAGGAAGAGGAAAAGUCAGCUUCGGUGCAGGAACGUUUGGCCGCAUUUGAGGUGAAGAAAUCGGCCAAAAAGCUUGACCUGACGCACACCAAGCAGGAAAGUGUCAUUUCCUCGUCGACCGUUGUGCAGCAGUCGGAAUCAAAGUCGGCCUCAGUUGCGACAUCCACCGUAGCCGUGAAGGAGGAACAGCACGAAGCACAACGUUCCGUUGCGGUGAAACGUACACAAGCGGUCCAGCUGGAAAGUGUCACGAAGAGCAGCAAAUCGGAGAGCAAGAGUGUUUCCAUGUCGUCGACUGUAUCCUCGAGCUCCACCAGUAGCUCCAGCUUGUCCCAGCAGGAAUCGAUCGCUGUGGCCGAGACGGCAGCUGAAACGCAUCAAACGCAGCAGCAGCUACUCGAACAGCAGAACAAGAUCAAGCAGAUCGAAUCGAAAUACGCUGCACUGAAGCAGAAGCAGCUGGAGCAAAAGUCGGACAUUGUUGAUGCAAAGUUCCAGAUCGUUGAGUCAAAGUUUGCGGCUCUCAAACAGAAGCAGGAACUAUUGCUGCAGGAGCAGCAGCAACAACAAGUUAGCAGCACCACUACGACGACCAGCACCGUUACGAAGCAACAGCAGCAAAGUGCUGUACAGCAGGUAGAAGCCGUAUCCAAGAUACAACAGAUUGAAUCGAAAUAUGCUGCUCAGAAGCAAGAAGAGGCUGUUUCAAAAAUUCAACAGAUUGAAUCCAAAUAUGCCGCCCGUAAGUCAUCGCUUAGCGGUGCAUCUGGAGAAGAGUCUGUGAAACAGAUCGAAUCCUCCAAGCAAGCUACCACUGCGGUUCAAGAACAGCAACAGAAUACUACGGUUGCGUCAGUAACUGUAGAAAUGCCACAAGAACCACUUUCCAGGCUACAGCAGCUUGAGUCGAAAUAUACCGCCCACAUCCAGCAAGCGAAGGAACUAGUUAAGGAAUCGGCAGAAGCCACCGUAACUGCUACCCCAACUGAGCUGAAACCGGAAACGCCUGAUUCUGCACCAACCGAAUCACUUUCAAAGAUUCAGCAGAUCGAAUCGAAGUACGCCGCACUGAAGGCACGUCAGCAGCAACAGCUGCAGGAAAUGAAGACCGCCGAAGUGAUCACGGAAACGACCGUAACAGCAGUGCAGCAAAGUCAACCGAGUCAACAGCAACCCGGCGACGAACCUCAGUCAAAGAUCGCACAAAUUGAGGCCAAAUAUGCGUUCAAGAGACAACAAUCACAGAACGCGGAAGAUUACGCAAGCUCGAAGCUACCGGUGCCCGUCAAAAAGGAAGAACAACCGAUUGCAACCACUAAGACUGAGGAAGUUACGAAAACGGUCAAGCAAUCGGAAACGGUCAAAAAGAGUGUGGAAGUCGCAAAGACUCAGGAGGUGACUAAGAUCGAACAGGUGACAAAGGUUGCGGAAACGAAAAAGAAGAUCCCGGAACCGAUUAAACUACCGGAGCAAACAACCAAAACGGCAAGUGAUAAGGGUCCGGAUUCGCCAAAGAAAGGUAAGUCACCGAAAACUCCGAAAUCACCGUCACCGAAGAAGGAGGCCGCUCCGUUUAAGAUGCCCGCUAAAGCUGAUUCAGCAAAGGCUGCCGAACCGGCUAAGGUUUCUGAACCGGUAAAGUCGGUGAAGCCUUCAGAGCCUGUGAAGCCGGCUGAGACACCACAACCGGUUAAGACUGUAAAGUCUGGUGAGCCCGUGAAGGCACCAGAGCCAGUUAAACCGGCUGAGGUAGCGAAGCCAACUGAAACGGUAAAGCCUGUGAAGGUUGCCGAACCGGCGAAGGCUGCAGAAGCAGCUAAGCCUGUGAAACCAGCGGAAUCGACUAAGACUCCCGAGCCAGCUAAAGUCAGCAAACCUGUUGAACCAGCGAAGACUCCUGAACCACUUAAAGUCGCUAAACCUGCUGAACCAGCGAAGGUUCCUGAGCCAGUCAAGACUGUGAAACCAGCUGAACCUGCGAAGGUUCCUGAGCCUGUUAAAGUUACUAAACCUGCUGAACCAGCGAAGGUUCCUGAGCCAGUCAAGACUGUGAAGCCAACUGAACCAGUGAAGACUCCUGAACCACUUAAAGUCGCUAAACCUACUGAACCAGCGAAGGUUCCUGAGCCAGUCAAGACUGUGAAGCCAGCUGAACCAGAGAAGACUCCUGAACCAGUCAAGACUGUGAAACCAGCUGAACCUGCGAAGGUUCCUGAGCCUGUUAAAGUUACUAAACCUGCUGAACCAGCGAAGGUUCCUGAGCCAGUCAAGACUGUGAAACCAACUGAAACAGUGAAGACUCCUGAACCAGUUAAGACUGUGAAACCAGCUGAACCAGCGAAGGUUCCUGAGCCAGUUAAGACUGUGAAGCCAGCUGAACCAGCGAAGGUUCCUGAGCCAGUUAAAGUUGCCAAACCUGCUGAACCAACGAAGCCUGCCCAGCCAUCGAAGCCAGUUGAACCAGUUAAGACUGUUGAGGCACCUAAACCAACUGUACCAACAAAGGCUCCUGAACCAGUUAAGGCUGUUAAGUCGGAUCUGGUUAAACCUGCCGAGCCUUCAAAGCCCUCCACACCAACGAAGAUUCCUGAGGCUACCAAACCGGCCAAACCAGCAGAACCAAUUGCCAAACCUGUCGAACAAGCUAAAGUUCCUGAAGCUGUGAAGAAGGUAGUGUCCGAACCUGCUAAGGUUGAACCAACCAAAACCGCUGUACCUGGAAUGAAGACUCCAGAAUCUGUGAAAGCUCCCGAACCGAUCAAAAAACCUGAAACUCCAAAACCGGCACAAGAACCAACCAAGAAGGCAACCUCGCCGAAGAAAGCAUCCCCACCGAAGGUAACCGAACCUAAGAAGGUACCGGAACCGGAAAAGAAACCAACCGAAACGGCCCCAAAACCGGCCCCAGAAAAGAAGACUGACACCGUGAAGGUAGUGGAAAAGAAGACUGAAACAACGACCGUUCAGAAGGCUAGUGAAAGUGUCAAGAAGGUAGAGACUGUUACGACUAGGAAAGCGGAUACCGCACGUACAACAGGUCUUACUACACCUGUGGCGGUGUCCGACGAACCGGACGCAUCCGUCGAAGGCGUCGUCGAGCAAAAAUCGCGCGAGGAAGCACUUAACCGUAAGCUAGAGGAGAUAUACGCCCGCGAAAAGGCGGCCCUAGCUGAGGCGAAGCGUGUGCGCGAGCUCGAAGAGCAAGAGAUACGGCGCAAAUUCGAGCAGCGGAGCAUCCGUGAGAUACAACAGAUUAAGGAAACUGCGUCGGAGUUUUUGCAGCAGAUUGCAGCGACCCGCAACCUCGUACAAUCGGUACUGGAAACAAGCACUGAACCCAGGCUUCCUCAGGUUAAUAAAGCAGCCACAUCCGGUGGUGAGGGUAAUAACACGCAACCUACCUCUGGCUCGAACGAUCAAAGUUCUAACGAUCAAUCUGCGGGUCAGGAAGCGGGUUCUGGUGAUCAGGGUGCCCAAGAGUCCUCCGAACAGGGUGGUGAACAAGGUACCGCCAACAACGGUAACAACGGUAACGACGGUGACGACCGUGAAGAUAGGAAGCGUACUCCACCACCACUACAGCUGCCCACGUUCUUUGAUCCACCACCACCACCAGUCUAUCAGGCCACGAUCGAGGUCUUCAUCAAGAAGGAACGUCCACCACCACCACCGCCACCAAAGAUCACCCGCAAGCUGGUCGUCAAUACGGACGAGCUAGAGCGCAAAACACAAGCCUUCUUUGACGGUGAAAUUAACGAGCCAGAUCCGGACUUUUCCAUAGCGGCCGCCCACCGUAAGCUGAAGGGCAUCAAGAGCAUCUGCAAGAAGGCGGACGAAACCGUACUAUACGCGGAGGAUACGAUCGUGAAGGCGGAACAGGGCGAGUUCGAUAGUAUCAUUAUCCCGGAGCAGGAGGAAGACAAACGACCCCGCGAGCCGGUGUACGAGUAUCAGUAUACGGUAGAGGAUCCGGUAACGGGCGCUCGUGUUUGUACGGCCGAUCCGAACGUGGUGCUGAUCGAGAAGGAGCUCAGAAUGGAGGAUCAGUACGGUUCGGCGCAUUCGCGCUACUCAUCUUCGCGGCUUUCGUCACGCAGAAGUCACAUCACUGAAGCUCAAGAGAAAGAACUAGCUGCAAUAGAGACGCGCCACGACUCCAAGAUGUCGACGACCAACACGAAGAAGAUCCGUGUACCGACCAACAUACGGCCGCACUUCAUCAAACCGAUCCGUGGUCUCACUGUGGAGCCGGGUGAAAAUGCCAAAUUCACUGUGCAGGUGGACGAGCUGUCCAACAUGCAAUGGUUGAAGGAUAAUAAACCGAUGGAUGACCGUCUAGCCGACCGUGUGAUUACGAAGGAGAACGAUGAUCUUUCGUACACGCUCGAGAUUCAGCACUGUCGCGAACAGGACAGUGGUAUCUACACUGCCCGGGCCAUCAACGGUACAGAGAAUGCUUCCUGUACGGCACAGCUUAUCGUCGAAAGUCUGACACCCGAACAGCGUAAGGCAUUGUCGGAAUCUAACUCACCGGUGUUCUCCGUUCAGCUGAAGGAUACCGAGGUCAUCGAGAAGACCUACCUUACCUUCAUGGUGAAGGUGAAGGGUGAUCCAGCACCGAAGGUUCGAUUCUGCAAGGAUGAUAAGGAAAUUCUUGACACCGACAAGCGCAUGAAGAUUAACCGCGACCAUGCGGAAUCCGGAUUCUACGAGCUGAUCAUACCGGAGGUGCACAAGGGCGACUGCGGUGUGUACUCGUGCACCGCCUGGAACAAGUUCGGUACGACGAAAACCGAGGCCCAGCUGCUCGUCGCCGACCAGCUCGAUCUGUUCUCCGAGCUCGACAAUCUGGACGAUAAGACCAAGUUUGUGUGGAAGAAGAACGGUAUCCCGUUCGAUCCGGAGGAGCGCUUCAAGGUGCUGAUGGCGGAUGAUUCCGACUCGCUGGCGCUUGUCUUCCAGCACGUAAAGCCCGAAGAUGCUGGACUUUACACUUGUGUUGCCGCGACAUCCUCGGGUAAUAUCCAGUGUAGCGCUGAACUCACCGUUCAGGGACAAGUGAAUCAGCUCAUACAGGAACCAUCCAAACCGCACCUGGAGGUUGAGUCGAAGGAAGCGCUGGCCCGAAUCGGCGGCAAGGCGCUGCUCGAGAUGAAGGUCAAGGGCUAUCCGAAGCCGGAGAUCGUUUGGCGCCACGAGGGUACGAUCAUCGAGCCCGGUGGUCGGUACAAGUUCCUCUACGAGGAUGCCGAGUCAGUGUCGCUCGUCAUCAAGGACGUGCAACCGUCGGAUGCGGGCGCCUACUCGAUCGUGGCCCAGAACGAGCUCGGCGAAGACUCCACGUUCAUUAAUUUGAUUGUGAAGACGCCUCCCACCAUCACGAAACCGCACGAUAUGGCGGCGAUGGUGAACGAACAGUACAAGAUGUCGAUCGAGGUCAAUGCCGUACCGGCGGCGACCGUGCGCUUCUUCCGCAACGGCAAGGAAAUCCGGGAGGACGACCGUAUCAAGUUCCUUACGGCUGAGAACUACUACAUCAUCAAGUUUAACAACACCGUACUGGAAGAUGCUGGCAACUAUUCGAUUAUUGCAAUGAACGAAAUCAGCCAGGCGUCCGAGUUCUGGGAGUUUACCAUCAACUCCCCACCACGAACGACCCUGCACCUGCAGGACGAAACGAUCGUCAACGAGAAGGAGGACAUCGAGCUGGUCGUGAAGGCUGAGAGCAACCCAGCCCCGAUCGUCCGCUGGUACAAGGACGGCAAGGAGGUAGUGGCCGAUGGUAAGCGUAUCGUCAUCAUCGCCGAAGAUGGCCGCUACGUGCUGAAGAUUCAUGCUGCCAACCGCGACGAUACCGCACUCUACACGGCCGAUAUCAUCAACGAUUUCGGCACGGUGACGGAGAAGUCGCAGGUGAACGUUAGCACCAAGUCGAAGGUGCGUGAACAGCUGACCGCACUCACCUGCAAGGAGGGCGAAACGAAUGUUGUGCUCGAGGUGAAGGCGGACGGUUAUCCGCGCCCGAAGGUACAGUGGUACAUCGACGAUGUGGAGAUUACCGAGUCGCGCAACGAAUUCAAGCUCCAGGAGGAUGGACUGUACUAUCAGCUCGUCUUAAAGGAAGUGAAGGCUGAGCUGCAGGGUGUGUACAAGGCGAAGUUCACGAACGACCUUGGAUCGGAUGAGACGAGCGCCAAGACGACGGUACAAUGUUCGCCCAAGGUACGCAAACCACUCGUCGAUACCGAUGUGGACGAGAACACUACGCUCACGCUGGAAGUGGAGAUCUAUGCCGAGCCAGUGCCGGAGGUGACCUGGUUCAAGAAUGGUCAACCCAUCCAGACCGAUGCUCGGUUGACGAUCAAGCGCGAUUCGCAGCGCGUCGAGAACUACACGCUCUCGCUGACGAUGGUGCGUGGCGCAGAUUCGGGCGAUUAUGAGGUGCGAGCUGUCAACUCCAUGGGCACCGCCACUACCAAGGGCCGAGUCGUAGUUCAAAAGGCCAUUGUAGCGAGCCCGGGAGAGAAUGCCGAAGCCCACCGUAUGAUAAGUGAGUGUAUGAAGAUCGGUCAACACGGUGAAACGAUCAUGGUGUCCGUGUGCACCGAGGAAAGCCACGCAGCAAUAGUAACAGGGCCGGAAGAAUCACACUCGAUACAUCAAAUGCGCGCCACAACGGUCAUCUUCGAGGAGGACAGUGGUUCACCGAUUGAAGUAAUGCAGAAGAUCAUCUAUCCGAACAAACCGCACGCAUCGGCACUGCACGUGGAGGAGAUCGAUACGAUCACGUUCACUUCACCCGAACAGAAGCGGCAGUAUCAAUCACAACUAGCGGCAAACGAUGCCUCUACCGGUACACGCACCGUAAUCGAAGAGAUCGAAUCGGAUAAUGAAGCUACCACGAAGGGCAAACUAUCCCGCGGUGUGUCGAUCACAUCCGCUUCUGAAGAUGAACUAUUCUUAUCGCGUCAAAACAGUCGUACCGGAGUGGAGAGUGAGCUAGCGAAACCAACUAACGCAACGCUCGACACUAGUGAGCUUCAGAAAGAGAAUGCGUCACAGGAAUCGUUUGAUACAAAGCAGGAGAAAUUAAAGAUGGAGGACACAGAGGACGUUCCAGACUCCCCACGUAAGGGUAACCUACUCGAAACGGGUGUGCGCGAAGAACGUGAUGGAAGGAAGUCGAUCGAAAAGAAGGUAUCGUUUGAGGAUGAAUUACCCCAGCAGGGCAAAUCUCUUGAAAGGCAAGAGCUUACCGAGAAUGAACCAGAACAACCGGAACCGGUACAGGAGGAGCUAGUGGAGAAACGGACGGCAAGUCAGAAGGCUCUUGCGAAGGAACCGAUUGUUGACGGUACAGUCGAUGAGAGCGCCAAACAAGCAGUUAUGAAAGAUUCACAGGAAUCGACCCGGCCUGAAGCAUCGCCGGAGAUCCUCAAGACGGAUAUUGCUGACGUGACGACGUUCGACUCGCUCCCACUCGUCUGGACGGUGGAAGCCGAUGGUAUUCCACGCCCGGAGGUAUCCUGGUACCAUAACGACGAGCUGGUGAAGGCUAGCGAUCGUAUCCGCAUUACGGACUCGGGUACCUCGUACAAGAUCGAAAAUCGUGACGUGAAGGAGGCAGACGCAGGCGAAUGGAAAGCCGUGGUAAAGAAUCGUAUCGGCGAAAAGUCUCUGCCAGCGAAGCUGACCGUUAUUCCUUGCAAGGAAUAUCGUCGUCCAAAGUUCAUGAAGGGCUUGGAAAACAUUUCCGUCCACAAGAACGAACCGGUCUCGCUUACCGUGACGCUCACCUCGGACCCAGAACCGGAGAUUACCUGGCUACAGAACGGAAACGUGAUUAAGGCUGACGACUUCAUCCAGAUGAAGACGGAGAUCAAGGAGCUGGAGUACAAUCUGAAGGAGAUCACGUACACGCUGCAAAUUGAUCAGGCCCGCCACUACGACACCGGUGAUUACACGUUCCAGGCAAAGAACAAGUACGACAUUAGCGAAUCGAAUGGUCGAUUGGAUGUGCUAUUGAAGCCGGAGAUUGAAAACUUCCACGACACGACGGUGCUGCCGUUUACGCAGGGUGUGUUCCAGGUGCUGGUUAAGGCGAACCCGAAGCCGAAGGUUACCUGGACGAAGGAUGGGCUUAACCUGUGCAACAAUGAUAAUUGCGAUGUGAUCGCUGACAUUGAGAAGGAGGUUUACACACUCGUGAUUGAAUCUUGCGCUCUUGCCGAACAUGGCACCUACACACUGACGGCUUCAAACGCUCAGGGAGAAACUGUGGCUACCGCAAAGCUUAACGUGCACACCGAGAAGCCCAAGUUCACCAAGGAACCGGACAGUCUUACCGUGCACGAUUGGGCCGACGUCUACAACAAGGUGCUGGUGCAGGGUGUUCCACGUCCAGCAAUUCAGUGGCUGCACAACGGCACCCCGCUCGAUACGCAGCAGAUCGAUGAAGAAUCGCAGGAACCGAAGAUCAAGAUCGUCACGUCGGGCGAUACGGAGGUGACGAGCGAACUGUUCAUCACCCACUUCGGACCGGAGCUGCAGGGUGAAUAUUCCUGUCUGGCAACUAGCAUCGGUGGUGAAACCGAGGCCAAGUUUAACAUCCAGGUCAAGAACGAACAGCCUGUAUUUGGUAAGGGACUCGAUCGAUCUUUGGACCUGGAGGAGGACGAUCGUUUGGAGCUGCGCUGCAUCGUCGAUGGUAGCCCUCUGCCAAGGAUGACCUGGUACAAGGAUUCCAACGAAAUCAAGGCCGACGAUCAUGUUAAGAUCACCUACGGUCAUGAUGGUAUCUGUCGUCUGGUGAUUGACAACGUUCUUCCGGGAGAUAGCGGCUGCUACAAGCUCGUACUCUCCAACAAGAGUGGCGAUGUGACCACCCAGUGUUGUGUUGCCAUCACUCCAAAGCAAAAGCCUCCGGUAUUUGUGCGCCCUCUGCAGGAUCACAAGCUCACCGUUGGCGAUACGCUGCAUAUGGAGGCGGAAAUCGCAGGUUUCCCAAUGCCCGAAGUACGCUGGUUCAAGGAUGGUCUGCCGCUGCGUCAAACGCGUGGCAUCAACUUCAUCAACCAGCCGGAUGGUUUGAUCGGUUUCAUCAUCGAUCGUGUCACGGCUGAAGAUGCCGGUAUCUACACGUGCGAGGUGAAGAACAAGAACGGUGAAGCGAAGUCUGCCUCGCUAACGGAGAUCGUACCGAAGGGCAAGAAGCCACAGUUUGUCAGUGAGCUGAUGAAUGUCGGCAUCGUUGAAGGCUUCCCGGUGAAGUUGAACGUCAAGGUGAUUGGUUACCCGCAACCCUCGGUCAAGUGGACGCACAACGGUACGCUCGUGUCUGGUGAUCGGUACAAGAUUACCGAGGAAUCCGAGGGUGCCUUUACGCUUGCGCUGGAUAAGAGCACCGGUACCGAUUGUGGCGAGUAUCAGGCAAUCGCAACGAACGAGCAUGGAGAAACGAUCAGUGCUGCUACGGUAACCAUUCUGCCGACGACCGAUCCUUCUCUGCCAGAGGAACCACCAAGCUUCCUUGGAGGUCUGCGCGACAUCACGGCCGACGAAGGUAAGGAGCUUACGUUCUCGGCUCGCUUUGCCGGCAACCCCGCACCGGAAGUCAUCUGGACGAAGGAUGGUGAACCACUGCAACCGACCGGACGUGUUUCGGUGACGUGCGAUGGAAAGAGCGUUGGCCUAACUAUCACACCCGCCGAGAUGUCCGAUUCGGGCGAGUACGCUUGCUUGAUGGCAAACCCGCUCGGAGAAACGGAAACGCGUGCCUCGGCCAUUGUGCGCAAGGUGUUCCAGAAGCCGAACUUUGUCUAUCCCUUCUCGGAUAUGCAACAGCUGCCUGGUUUGGAGGCUAAGUUCCCGGCCAAGCUGGUCGGUGUACCGCGACCGGAGGUGCAGUGGUACAAGAACGAAUCUCCCAUCCAUGCUGGCGAUCGGUACAAGAUGAAGUACGAGGGCGAUUGCUGUUGUCUGUACAUUAAGGAGUGCGAACCGGAAGACACCGGUCUGUACUCGUGCACUGCAACGAACCGUGAGGGAAGCAGCACUAUCGAGGCUAAGCUGGACGUCGUUACCAGAAUUGAGAAGCGCGAUGAACCAACGCCACCUUCGUUCAUGAAGAAGCUCAACGACAUGACGCUACUGGACGGUAUGAAGGCUAAGCUGACCGUGUGUGUUGAUGGUUUCCCAAUGCCAACGGUCGAAUGGAUCCGCGAUGGUCGUCGUCUCGUCCCGAGCGAAAAGUACCGUAUCGAGGCAGAAAAGAAUGGUCUCGCACGGCUUAUUGUGGAUGAUGUGCAGGAGGAAGAUCUCGGCCGGUAUAGCUGCAAGGCGGUAAACAACCUUGGUGAGGCUAUCUGCCAUGCCAACCUGAAGUUCGAACCAUCCGACUACCGACCGCGUCGCCGCUAUGUUAAGGGCAAGGGCAAGGAUCUGCUCCAUACGCCACCGUACCCACUGACGGAGAAACCAAUCAUCUCGAAACUGUCCGACCGUCGGCUAACGCUUUCCUGGCGCCCAUCGAUGACGACCGUUCCGCGCUAUCCGGUUACCUAUCAGCUGGAAAUGAUCGAGCUACCGGACGGUGAAUGGCACACGACCCGGUCGGGUAUUCGUGGCUGUUCGUGCGAGGUUCGCAAUCUGGAACCGUUCCGUGAGUACAAGUUCCGCAUCCGCGUGGAGAAUCUGUACGGUGUGAGCGAUCCUAGCCCGUACGUGCAGACGUACCGUCAGAAGCUGGAACCGGAACCACCAGUGUUCUAUCCCUACCUUGGUCCGGGACGUGACUUCCGUCCAGAUACGUCAUCGUUCUAUCCACGUGAUUUCGAUGUGGAACGUCCUGGUCAUCGUCACCAGGCGCAAGCGCCCGAGUUCCUGCGUCAGGAGCGACCAGUACAGUACGGUACGAAGAAUCACAACGUCAGCCUGUUCUGGUUCGUGUACGGCUAUCCGAAGCCUACAAUGACGUACUACUUCAAUGAUCAGAUCAUUGAGGCGGGCGGUCGUUAUAGCUUCAGCUACACGCGUAACGGACAGGCGACGCUGUUCAUCAACCGUAUGACCGAUCGGGAUGUGGGUGUUUACGAAGCGGUCGCUACCAACGAGCACGGUACGGUGCGCCAGCGUGUCUGCCUUGAGCUGGGCGAAUAUCCGCGAUUCUUGCAGCGUCCAGAGGAAGUGUUCAUUAUGGGCCGUCGUUCGGGACGUGUGGAGGCCAAGAUUACAGGUGUACCAUUCCCAGACAUCAAGUGGUACAAGGAUUGGCAACCGAUUCACGAAUCUUCUCGCAUUAAGAUGAUCUUCUACGAACCGGACACGUGCGUCUUACUGCUAACGGAUGCGAUCAAGAAGGAUGAGGGUCUGUACUCGAUCAGCGCUCGCAAUGCGAUCGGUUCGAUCAGCUCGUCCGUGACGGUGCACGUCGAGGACAACGAGGAAGACUACGUGUACAAUGCGCACCAUCGUACGCCGUACGUGCGUGCCCGCAACAAGGUCUACCAGGACUUCUACGAUCUGGGCGAUGAGAUUGGACGUGGCACACAGGGCAUUACGUACCAUGCGACGGAUCGUUCGAACGGUCGUAACUUUGCCGCCAAGAUCAUGUACGGCAGUCCCGAUCUGCGUCCGUUCAUGUUCAACGAGGUGGAUAUUAUGAACAUUCUGAAUCACCGCAAGUUGAUCCGGCUGCACGAUGCGUACGACAUAAAUCGCUCGAUCACGCUCAUACUGGAGCUUGCUUCCGGUGGUGAGCUGGUACGAGACAAUCUGCUCAAGUACGAUUACUACACCGAGCGGCAGAUUGCGAUCUACAUGUACCAGGUGUUGCUUGGACUGGAGCACAUGCAUACGCGUGGCAUCGCGCAUAUGGGCCUAACGAUUAAGGAUUUGCUGAUUGCCCAUCCGGGAAGCGACAAUUUGAAGAUCUGUGACUUUGGACUGGCCCGACGCAUUGAGGACGAUAAGCUGUACACGCUCGACUACGGCAUGCCGGAGUUUAUCGCACCGGAAGUGAUUAAUCGCUGUGGCGUUGGUCUCGGACAGGAUAUGUGGUGCGUGGGUAUCAUUACGUACAUUUUGCUCGGUGGCGUUAGUCCGUUCCUGGGUCGUAAUGAUCGUGAAACGCUAACCCGCAUCAAGGAUGGCAAGUGGACGUUCGUCGGUUCGGUUUGGGAGAACAUUUCGGCCGAAGCGCGUGACUUCAUUACCCGUCUGCUGGUGUACGAAGAGAAGCAUCGUAUGACUAUUCGGGAUGCAUUGAAUCACUCCUGGUUCGAUGUGAUCUACCGUCGUACGUUCGAGGAGUACCAGAUUGGUACGGAUCGGCUGCGUAGCUACUACUACCAUUAUCGCGACUGGUACACGAACGCAUCCUGUCGCACCUGGUACCGCCGUCGUCCGCUAAUGAGCUGCUUCGACCAUCCGUCGCGUAUGGUCUAUCCGCCGGGUAUUAUUUUCACGCCCGAAGGAACGCCGCCACCGAUGCAGGUUGAUGACAUCCCGCACAAGCGCAAGAAGUGGGAGGAGUACGUGUCGAAGGACAACCAUCCGGAUUACGAGACGGCUUCGUUCAAGUCGGAAAGCCACUACCAGUAUGGACCGGAUACAUAUCUGCUGCAGCUGCGCGAUACGACCUUCCCGUGCCGUUUGCGCGAGUACAUGAAGAUCGCGAAGCACCGUUCGCCGAGCUUGGUGUCCGAUUCGAACUACGAUGGAAGUCUGCCCAUCAUUCGCGAGCGUCGUCGCUUUACGGAUGUGAUGGACGAGGAAAUUGAUGAUGAGCGUCGCAGUCGCAUCACGCGCUACGGAACCGACGAUAGCAUCACGCUUACCCGUCGUAUCCGUAACGAGGUUGGUACGCGUCUUGGAUCGUACGCGGAAGCCGAAGCAUUGAUCGAGUGCAAGCGCGAAGGUCAGCCACCGUUCUUCCGCGAGAAGCCACAAACGAUCGCGAUACGUGAGGGUGAACCGAACCAGAUCAUCUGCUAUGCCGUAGGUGAUCCGAAGCCAUCGGUUACCUGGUUCCGCAACGAUAUGGUCAUCACCGACACCAACCGCAUCAAGGUGUUGGACGAUGUGGACGGACGGUCGGUGAUCCAGUUCCAUCCGGCCACGCACAACGAUGUCGGUGUGUAUAAGGCGGUCGCAAGCAAUCGUAUCGCCAAGACGGUGGCCCGCUGUCGGGUCGUGAUUGCCGUCAUUCCGGACGCACCUGACGCACCGGAUGCUGUUGCCGUGAGUGACACGGAGGUGUUGUUGCGCUGGAAACAGCCGCGUAGCGACGGUAACUCGCAGGUUAUUUGCUACAGCCUGGAGCAGAAGGAGCACGGUAAGGUCGAUUGGGUGGAUGUGGCGUGCAAUAUCGAUCACGAGUUCUUCCUGGUGCACGAUCUGCGCCCGAACGUUGGCUACCAGUUCCGGCUGGCCGCGUACAAUCGUAUCGGCUGGAGUGAUCGUGGUCUGCCCACGAAGACCAUUACGACGCUGGACCCGGGUGCACCGAAGAUUCAGAUCACGCGUGCCAUGAAGCAUCUGCAGCAGCUGACGGAAUCUGGUCAGCAGGUUGGUCCGGAAGAGCGCACGGGACGGUUGGAUUACAGCUACGAAAAGACACCGCUCAAGUGGAGCAUCGAGGGUAACUACAAUGAGAAGUACACCUUCAUGUCGGAGAUGUCUCGUGGACGGUUCUCCAUUGUUGUGAAGGGUCUGGAGAAGGCUACCGAUAAGAUUGUGGUGGCAAAGAUUUUCGAACUGGGUGACGAGCGUGCAGCUGAAGCUGUUGAGCGUGAGUUUGAUGUGUUGCGCACGCUGCGCCACGAGCGAAUCGCUUCACUGUUGGCUGCGUUCCGUCCGAAGAACACAUCCAUUGCAGCGCUUGUCCUGGAGAAACUGCAGGGUGCUGAUGUGCUGACGUAUCUGAGCAGCCGCUCCGAGUACAGUGAGCAGAUUGUGGCAACCAUCGUGAACCAGGUGCUGGAUGGUUUGCAGUACCUGCACUGGCGCGGUGUCUGCCAUCUGGAUCUGCAGCCCGACAACAUUGUGAUGGCAUCGGUGCGUCAGGUUAACAUCAAGCUGGUUGACUUCGGUUCCGCCCAGUACGUGUCGAAGCUCGGAACGAAUGUUACCCGAUCGGGUUGGUUGGACUUUAUGCCACCCGAGGUCCUGAACGAUGAGCCAGCCCUGCCGCAGACCGACAUCUGGUCAGUCGGUUGUUUGACGUAUCUGUUCCUGUCGGCCACCAGUCCAUUCCGUGGCCAGGAUGAGGCAGAAACCCGUGCCAACAUUAGCUUCGUCCGCUAUCGCUUCGAGAACCUGUUCAAGGAGGUGACGGCCGAAGCGACGCGCUUCUUAAUGCUGAUCUUCAAGCGCGCGCCAAACAAACGUCCAACGGUUGAGGAGUGUUUCGAUCACCGCUGGCUGGUACACACCGAUUUCAUGACGAAGAAGCGCGAGAGGGCAAUCUUCCCUGGCAACCGUUUGAAGCAAAUUUCCGAAGAGUAUCAUACGAUGAAAACGAACGAAGCUACCAAGUCGGAGACGAUCUCCAACUUUGGUGGACAAUCCCCACGCCAGCUGUUGCGUUCCAACAGCAUCCAGGAGGAGCUUCUUACCACGUUCUAAUGCGCCACCUUUG